AUGGCGGGAGGAGAGGAGAGGAGGCGAUGGCGAGGAGGGGAGAAGCAGAGAAGGGGAGCGGGGGAGUUAGGGAUACGAAAAAGCGAAGCAACCCGCGGAACAGACGGCCCGCCACCCCGGGCGCCUAAGACGGCCGAGCCGACGCACUUCUCCCAGUCGCGCCGGGCCGGCCACGCGUCAGGGGUCCUCGCACGGCGCCCUCCCCCGGCCUGGGGCGCCAGCGCGCCUGACGGCGGACGAGCGCGAACUGCAUCACAGUUCGGCACGCUGGGCCUCCGCGGGCAAUGUCCGCGGGCAACGCUUCCGUUCCCCGCUCCGAAAUGUCCUCACUCUGUCGGAUACCUGCACCCCGAAGUGGACGAGGCAAUGCUGUAUGAGAAAUUCAGCACCAUCGGGCCGAUCCUGUCCAUCAGAUUCUGCCUUGACCCGCCCUCGCGCUGCUCUCUGGGCUACGAAUACGUGAACUUCUCGCUGCAGGCCGAUACCGAGUGCGCUCUGAGCACGAUGAACUUGGAUAUUAUCAAUGGCAAGCCACUUAUUAGGAGGUCUCAGCGUGAUCCGUCACUUCGUGAGAGUGGAGUGAGCAAUAUAUUCGUCAAAAAUCUUGCCAAGUCUAUUGAUACAUUUUCUGUCUUUGGAAACAUUCUUUCUCGUAAAGUAGUAACCAAUGAAAAUGGAUCCAGGGGUUUCGGGUUUGUGCAUUUUGAGAAAUCGGAAGCCGCUACAAGAGCCGUGGCGAAGAUGAGUGGAAUUCUGCUGAAAGGGAGCCGAGUUUUUGUUGGGCAGUUUAAACCUCGCAAAGAAAGGGAAACAGAACUUAGAGUGAAAGCAAACAUGUUUACGAAUGUUUACAUCAAGAAUUUUGGAGAUGAUAUAGAUGAUAAAUGUCUUAAAGAGGUUUUUGGUGAGUUUAGUUCUGUAUUAAGUGUGAGAGUUAUGACUGAUGAAAGUGGAAAAUCCAAAGGCUUUGGAUUUGUGAGUUUUGAAGAUGCCCAGAAAGCCAUCGAAGGAAUGAACGGAAAAGUCCUUAAUGGAAAUCGAGUUUAUGUUGGUAAAGCACAGAACAAAGUAGAGAGACUAUCUGAAUUAAAACACAAGUUUGAGCAAAUGAAACCGGGUAAACUCACCAGGUGCAACGGUGCUAAUGUUUAUGUGAAGAAUCUUGAAGAUGAUAUUGAUGAUAAAGGACUGAGAAGAGAAUUUCCCCUCUUUGGCACAAUCACAAGUGCCAGGGUCAUGACAGAGCGAGGCUGCAGCACAGGCUUUGGGUUUUGCUACACGUCUGAGGAAGCUAAGGAAGCCAUCAUGGCAAUGAAUGGAAAAACCGUGAUCCCCCAACCAGUGCAUGUGGCUAUUGCACAAGGCGAGGUGGAGUGCCAGGCUCUCCUCACCCAGAACUAUAUGGAGAGAAGGGCAGAUGUGGGACAUGGAGGUAAUCCUAGACUCAACUCAGAAGCCUCCUCAAGUAACUUCAUGCCAAUUCUUCCUCAGCCUCAAUGUGGAAGUGCAGAUCUCAGCAAACCUGUGGUUAGGACCAAACCUCAUCCAUCUCAGAAUAUGCGUUAUGUUAUCCACUCAGCAGCAGCAGCAGCACCUAAGCCAUCAUUCAGCACCUUCAGACCACCACAAGUGCCCGCAGUCAAGUCACCCUAUCAUAUCACCAAUACAGCAACCCAGACCAAGACUGUUCACCCUCAAACUUCUUCCUCAGGAUCCCAUGCAAAUCAAAGAUUCAAAAAAGUUGCACGUGUUUGCAGCCAUUUAAAAUUUAAAGUAGGAAGGCCAGUAUCCAUCCAGAAGCCUGUCCACAUUUGUACGCAAGGUCAUGAUAUGUCAAAUAUAUCUGUGUUGGCAUCAGCUACUACUCAGGAGAAAAUCUUGUAUAAAAAGCUGGUUCCUCUGGUUCUAUCCAUUCAGCCAACUCCAGCUGGAGAAAUCUCUCGCAUACUAUUGGAGAUGGAUGACGCUGAAAUUCUUUAUAUGCUCAAGUAUAGCGAGUCUCUCCGUGCCAAGGUUUAUGAAGCCAUCCUCAUUCUGCAGUCCAACCAAGCUCAAGAUACUGCCCUGAAAGCUACUAACAGCACUCCCAGUAUUCAAUGUGUAUAA